GGUAACACUGCCAGCUAAGAAGGGCACUGAGACGAGGUGAUGCUGUAAGGGACGGGUCCCGGAGGUGAAGGUGAGGGCUGCCGGACGCCCAGGGACUCCCUCUGGAGGCGUGUCCCCUAGGCCCCGCCCCCUUGCGGCGGCGGUGUUUAGCGGUGCCCCGUUCGUCCCCGAGACAGAACCGCUGCUACUGUCGCCGUCUCCGCCUGCGCUUGGCCGAGUCUCACCGCCACAACCAUGCCCCGGGGGAGCCGAAGCGCGGCCGCCCGGCCAGCCAGCCGCACUGUUCACCCGCCCGCGCACCCGCCGCCCUCGGCGGCUGCAGCGGCCCCGGCCCCGUCGGGCCAGCCCGGCUUGAUGGCGCAGAUGGCGUCCACGGCUGCUGGGAUGGCCGUGGGCUCGGCUGUGGGACACGUCGUGGGUAGCGCCCUGACCGGAGCCUUCAGCGGGGGGAGCUCAGAGCCCGCCCAGCCUGCCGCUCAGCAGGCUCCCACCCGCACUGGCCCCCAGCCCCUGCAGAUGGGGCCCUGCGCCUACGAGAUCAAGCAGUUCCUGGACUGCUCCACCUCUCAGAGUGACCUGUCCCUGUGUGAGGGCUUCAGCGAGGCCCUGAAACAGUGCAAGUACAACCACGGUCUGAGCUCCCUGCCCUGAAGAGACAGGUGCGGACUGGUGCAGAUCCGUGAGCCAGCCCUGCACCCACCUUCACCCCUUCACCGACAGCCGGACCAUGACAUCAGAUUGUACCCAUGUAGCUGGGAUUGGGAGUGAGGAGGAGGUUUCUUACCCCACAGAUGACCGGAGACGCAAAUGUGCAAUUAAAAGAGUUUAUUUUAGACCAUA